AUGAAAGUGUACAAAGUCGGCGACAUCGUUGACAUUAGGGGAAAUGGUGCAGUCCAAAAGGGUAUGCCACACAAAGUUUACCACGGCAAAACCGGCCGUGUAUACAACGUAACUGCUCACGCUCUCGGAGUCAUUGUCAACAAGAGAGUCCGAGGCAGAAUCAUCCCCAAGAGAAUUAACAUCCGCAUUGAACACGUCAAGCACUCCAAAUGCAGAGAGGAUUUCCUUAAACGUGUAAAGGAAAACGAAAGGCUCCUGAAAGAAGCUAAGGAAGCUGGCAAAGUUGUAAACCUAAAGAGACAGCCACAGCCACCAAGGGCAGCCCAUAUUGUCAAGGGUGUUGAGAAGCCCGUCUUACUUGCACCCAUCCCAUAUGAGUUUGUAGCC